UUCUCAUCAACUUGGAUUUCAGACAGGCAAAGACCAUCUCUGCCUAUCUCAUUCGUUCCGGUAUUCUGCCACCAUUCUCACUGUUAAUGCCAAUCAUUUUAAACCACGCCGCUGAUCAAUACAUAUAGACUACUUAUGCGCAUACUCGGCUAUGGGCCACCACCCUAACAGUCACCACCACUCCACGGCGACAGAUGGAGUUUCGCCGCGGGUCAACAGUCCGAGAUUCUCGGGCUCCAUGACCCGCCGAGCCCACUCCUUCAAGCGCUCCAAUAAUGUCGGCGCUAAUCAGACCUCCCAUAGCAGUAGCGGCACUUCUACCUCGCUGAACACCCACCACGAGAUUGACCUCAAUCUGAACUCGCCCAGAUCUGAGGGAAAUGCGAGCCCUCUUUUGGGCGACGGGUCCGAAUCAGUGGUAGAGAAGAAACAAGCUCAGACCCACUUGAGUAGUGUGAUCCAAAGAGUUCAUUUGAGAAGAAAGAUUGGAUCUUUGGGUGUGGAUUUGGGCUUUGGUGGAUUGGAGCUCAAGGGAAAGAAGAAAUUAGGGCACUUAAUGUUCUUGGUCUUCUGCAGCCUGUGCUUGUUCUUGGGUCUUCUCAAGUUCUGUGCUUAUGGCUGGUUUGGAUCCGCUGUUGAAAAGACUGGAUUGAAUCAGGACUUUUCAGAUUCUCUUGUCAAUCGCCAAACUAUGAGGCAUCAAGGGUCUCAUGAACAUUACAAUGGAUAUUCGGUGAGAUAUCAUGGUGAAAGAGAUGGAGAGAGUGAGGUGGUGGAGCCCUUAAAUAUGCUAGCUUCAGGGGAGGUUCGUAGUCAAAACAAGGCAGUUUAUUCAGAGAUAUGGUCCAAACCUAACAGUGUAAAUUUCACAAAAUGCAUUGAUCGGCCAAAAAGUCACAGAAAGCUAGAUGGAAAGACAAAUGGGUAUAUUCUGAUGAAUGCCAAUGGUGGAUUAAACCAGAUGAGAUUUGGGAUCUGUGAUAUGGUUGCUGUGGCUAAAAUCAUGAAGGCAACGUUUGUACUUCCAUCUCUUGAUCACACUUCCUACUGGGCUGAUGAGAGUGGCUUUAAAGAUUUGUUUGACUGGCAACACUUCAUUGAGAGUUUGAAGGACGAUAUUCACAUAGUUGAGGAAUUGCCGCCUGAAUUUUUAGGAGUUGAACCUUUCAACAAAACACCAAUAUCUUGGUCAAAGGUUAGUUAUUACAAAUCAGAGGUCCUUCCACUGCUCAAGCAGAAUAAAUUGAUGUACUUCACUCACACUGAUUCCAGGCUUGCCAACAAUGGGAUUCCAAAUUCUAUACAGAAGUUGAGAUGCCGUGUAAAUUACCAGGCAUUAAAGUACUCUGCUGCCAUUGAAGAACUUGGGAAAGCUUUUGCAUCAAGAUUGAGGAAAAAUGGAAACCCUUAUCUUGCUCUACAUUUAAGGUAUGAGAAAGAUAUGCUUGCUUUUACAGGCUGCAGUCAUAAUUUGACAGCAGAAGAGGAUGACGAACUUCGUACGAUGAGGUAUGAAGUCAGCCAUUGGAAGGAAAAGGAGAUUGACGGGGCAGAGAGAAGGCAGCUUGGCGGGUGUCCCUUGACCCCUAGGGAGACUGCCCUUUUGCUCAAGGGUCUUGACUUCCCUUCCACCACUACGAUUUACUUGGUGGCGGGUGAAGCAUAUGGCAAGGGUAGCAUGCAAUAUCUUUUCGAUAACUUCCCAAAUAUCUUCUCUCAUUCGACUCUUUCGUCAGGCCAAGAAUUAAGUCCUUUCAGGAAUCACCAAAACAUGUUGGCUGGUCUGGACUAUGUUGUUGCACUUCUGAGUGACGUUUUUCUUUAUACUUAUGAUGGAAACAUGGCAAAGGCUGUACAGGGGCAUAGGCGGUUUGAGGAUUUCAAGAAAACUAUCAAUCCUGACAGGAUGAAUUUUGUGAAGCUAGUCGAUGAACUGGAUGGAGGAAAGAUCUCGUGGGAAAAGUUUAGUUCCAAAGUCAAGAAACUUCAUGAGAAUCGGACUGGGGCUCCUUGUACGAGGGAACCAGGCGAAUUCCCAAAGUUGGAAGAAAGUUUCUAUGCCAAUCCUCUGCCUGGUUGUAUAUGUGAGAAAGCCUAGAAAGAGUAAUUUGAUUGGGUCUAUGAAAUAUAGUGCUAUGCUCUAAUCUCAUUGUUAAGUUCACCACCAAGUGCAAGAGCUCCCUCCAACAGGAAGACUUUCAUGUUCAUCUGCUUUGGCAUGAAGCUUUACUGUGACUUUCAUGCAAUUGCCAUGAAAAUGUUUGGCAUAUCAAGAACUUAGAAGCAUCGACUUCCGCGAUUGGUGAUUCAUACCAAUAUUAUUACACACUUAUACAGAAAUUACAGAGUUUCAUUCUUUUUUAAAGAAUUCCUAGAAUUCAAUUCUUUCAUGAUCAGUGGUUGAGUGUUGCAUGUUCAUAUAGCCUUGCAGUAGAUCUGUGCAGACCUUCAAAACCUACAACAUGAUUGAUUUCAUUAGUAAAUGAUAAUGUUGAUAGAUUUGUUGCUGCAAAUAUGCCAGCAUAACUGGAGACACCCUUGAGAAAGCCAUAGUUUGUCAUGUGUACACAACUAUUCUGUAAUGCAUUAUGCCAGUUGAAUUGCAAUCUACUGAUUUUGUUUUUAGGCACCAUUGUUGAAAAAAAGACCUACUUUGAAAGUAUUAGGCCGUGUAGAAGAAGAAAAAGAUGAUGCGUUGAUAAGAAAAUGGUCAAGUACAGGAAAUGCUCUGCUGUGCAAAUGAUGUUUGCCUGCUUGGUUUCAAGUGUACUUAGUUGAUGUGGUCUUUUAAUGAGGGGCAGUUAUCUACCCUUGACCAAGGAUUUUUGUUUGUUUAUGUUUGAUCUAAAUUGGUUCAGUAUGGUCUAAUAAUUGUCGAAGCUUGGUUAAGUCAAGUCUAAUCAGGUUAGAUUUGGUCUAUGUCUAUGUCUUAUUUGAGUUUUAAAUCAGUCUAAUUAAAAAUAUUCUAAAACACAUUAAUUGCUAUUAUAUUACUCUCUAAUCCAUUGAACUUUUUUUUCUUUCCUUUUUAGUUGUUCCGAAAACAUUGUUCAUUUUUUUUACUGUGUACAAAUAUUUAUCAUACAAUUUUUACUAUUCUUAUUUCCCACUUAAUUCCAAGUGCGCAAUGUCCGGUCACUCCGGUGGGAUAGAUGUGAUACUAACAAAUUUAAACAUGUCACUCAAUUAGUAAUGAUCAAAUUGAAGGGAGAAAAAGUAACACCAAAAUAUAUACCAUACAUGCAAAACACAAUUGUUUUUUAAGAAUAAAAAAAUCUGAUUAGUUAAGGAUCACCACCUCUUCUAAUCAUGUCUACUAAUUUUCUGUUGCAUUUUGAUAGAUCUAAUGUAGUAGAAUAAAGAGAAAUGGUCCUCAAUAGGACUAAAUAAUAACUUAUGUACCCGUAUAAGACCUCUUACUUUUUAAAACCUAAAUAGGACCAUUCUUUUCCUUAAUACCAUUUUUGUCCCUACUUAAAUAAAAGAAGCCCCUCUCCCCCGCACUUCAAUUUCUCUUUCCGGGCUAUUUUCCCAUUCCUCAGGGCCCAUGCCGUCUCACUUCUUUUCUUUUUCUCCCAUUCUGCUUUGAUCUAUUCCUUUCGCGACAUAAUAGAAGUGCAACAAGCUUCUCAUUAAUGCCCCUCUUUUGUCUGGCGCGAAUCGACCGGGCUAUCCGUGACGCAAUGAGGGAAUUACAGAAGUGAAGAUGAGGCGGUGGUGUUUUCCCGGUGCUAACUCCUGCUACUCAAGCAGAGUUAGAAGUUCUAUUUUUUUCUUACGUUUGCUUAUUUUUUAAGGACUGUUGAUUGUUGCUUCACGGCUGCUUGAGGGGAUAGCUUCCACGUGGUGGGAGAGUGUAGAAGGGAAAUACCAUGGGGAGGUCUCAUGGUUAAAUUUUGAGCAGGAAUUCUAUGACCAAUACUACACCGACUAUGAGAAGAACGUCAAGCGUAGGGAGUACACCAACCUCAAACAGAAGGAGGGUGGUUCUGUUCUGUUAAACAGUUGGAGCAAGAUUUUAGAACCUUGGCUAGGUUCUUGCCGGAGUACGCGAUCAAUGAGGACCGCAUGGCGGAGCACUUUUGGGAUGCCUUACUCUUGGACAUCCGUGAUCGGGCUACGUACUCGCGCCACAUGACCUUUAGCGAGGUGGUGGAGCAGGGCCUUCUUGGGGAGGCUCAAUGGAAUGAGAGAAAGGAAAGAGACGCCGAGGAGGCGAAAAAGAGAAAAUGGCAUAGUUCGGGGCCGCCCGAGCAAACACAAAGGAAUAACGACGGUGGGGUGGUGGUACGUUCAAGGCGCCGGCACCACCGGCGAAGAAGAACAAGGAUGCUCGGUGGCACCCAUCCUCCUCUCAAAAUACGGGGCCUCCUAAGUGUGCCAACUGUUCAAAGAAUCACUUCGGGAAGUGUAACGCACCCCCGAGGUGUUAUCGAUGUGGGAACACGGGCCACAUGAAGGCUAAUUACCCACAAUUGGGAGGAGGAGCUCCGGGGACCGGAAAAGGGACCACGACGGGAAGAAACUGUGCGGGACCAUCAAACGGCGGCACGGGGAGAGGCGGCGCAUCCACAAGCCAUGCCGCAUCCGUCAACCAAGGUGGGACCCAAGCUCGAGUGUACGCAAUGACUGAGGCGGAUGCGCGAGCAAACCCGGAUUCCGUUACAGGUAAUACACUUAUUUCUCUGUAUUUCUACGCUUAUUUGGAUCAUAUACGUCAUUGGGGUUGGUUGCAGGCCACCCCGGGGUCAAAUCGGGCGAGUUUGGGACAAAACGGACUGAAGGCAGAAACUCGGUACACGUUUUGCCUACAGGCACGCCGUGCCCACCACUUAGGCACGCCGUGCCUGAGGCUGGCAGUGUGUAGGUACACGUUUUGCCUACAGGCACGACGUGCCUACCACCCAGGCACGCCGUGCCUGAGGCUGGCAGGGAGUGGGUACAUGUUUUGCCUACAGGCACGCCGUGCCUGGACCCCCAAGCGCCCAAAACUGCAUUUUCCCGCUCCGUUCUUCUACGUUUGGACCCCCAUUUGAUUCCAAACAUUAAUAUGAACCCAAUAACCUCCUAAAAGUGUCCAAAAACAUUAGAAAACGUAUCUCACAUGGUGUAUAAAUGUAGGAACAUUAAAGGUCAAUGGUAGGGGUGUAAGGAUCCUCAUCGAUACCGGGGCACAACGCUCAUUUGUGAGUGAGGCGUUCGCUGAGGGUCUUGACGUGCCAUUGACGCCUAUGACGCAAACAUUGCUAGUCUCCACACCAUUAGGAGACGAUGUGGAGAGAAAUCAUUACUAUCCAUCAUGUGAGGUGGAAGUGACGGGUCAACCCUUGACUUGUGAUUUCGUACCUCUAAGCAUGUUGGAGUUCGAUGCAAUCCUAGGAAUGGAUUGGCUCGAGAAACACCAUGCUCGAGUGGAUUGCUACACCAAAGUGUUGGAGCUCGAGGAUGAUCAAGGAAACACGCUAUGUUUCGAAGGAGAUCGGGGAAAGUCUCAUGCAUGUAUCAUAUCUGUGAUGAGGGCACGGAAGAUGAUGAGGAAGAUGCAUACCUUGCUUACGUGGUAGACGAUGAAAAGAAAGAAGUUGACAUCAAGGAUGUGCGAGUCGUGUGCAAGUACCCGGACGUCUUUCUCAAGGACCUACUGGGGUUUCCACCCGAUAGAGAGAUCGAAUUCGUAAUUGAAGUGGAGCCGGGAACCAAGCCCAUUUCGAUUCCUCCUUAUCGAAUGGCACCGGCUGAACUUCAAGAAUUGAAGGUCCAACUGCAAGAAUUAUUAGACAACGGGUUCAUCAGACCCAGUCAAUCACCGUGGGGAGCACCCGUACUCUUUGUGAACAAGAAAGAUGGUACACUAAGAAUGUGUAUCGACUACCGACAGUUGAACAAGGUCACAAUCAAGAAUAGGUAUCCUUUACCGAGGAUUGAUGACUUGUUUGAUCAACUUCGAGGGGCAAUAGUAUUCUCGAAGAUUGACUUGAGGUCGGGGUAUCAUCAGUUGAAAAUCAAGGAGAGUGACAUACCUAAGAGUGCAUUUCGCACUAGAUAUGGUCAUUACGAGUUUCUUGUGAUGUCAUUUGGUUUAACCAAUGCACCGACAACAUUCAUGGACUUGAUGAACCGUGUGUUUAGUGAAUACUUAGAUCAAUUUGUGAUAGUAUUCAUUGAUGAUAUCUUGAUAUACUCCAAGAGCGAGGAGGAGCACGAACAUCAUUUGGGGCUUAUACUUGAUUGGCUAAGGGAAAAGCAACUCUUUGCCAAGUUCUCUAAAUGCGAAUUUUUGCUCAAGGAGAUUGGUUUCCUCGGUCAUGUCAUAUCCGGUUCGGGCGUUGCUGUGGAUAACGCCAAGAUAAAAGCUAUUAUGGAUUGGGAGAGACCCAAGAAUGUGAAAGAGAUACGUAGUUUCCUUGGCUUGGCGGGAUACUAUCGUAAAUUUGUCGAGAAAUUCUCCGUAUUGGCAUCUCUAUUGACGAAGCUCACAAAGAAAGGGGUCAAGAUCACAUGGGACGACAAAUGUGAGCAAGGAUUCCUUGAACUGAAGAAACGACUUACCGAAGCACCAGUCCUCGCCCUACCCAUACAGGGGAUAGGGUAUGAUAUUUACAGCGAUGCUAGCAUCCAAGGGCUUGGAUGUGUUCUGAUGCAAAACGGUAAAGUGAUUGCCUAUGCUUCUAGGGAAUUGAGGAAACACAAGGUGAACUACCCUACCCAUGAUCUAGAAUUGGGGGCGGUAUUGUUUGCAAUAAAAAUUUGGAGACAUUAUCUCUACGGGGAUACAUGUCACAUUUAUACGGAUCAUAAGAGCUUGAAGUAUGUAUUCACUCAGAAAGAGUUGAAUAUGAGGCAGAAGAGAUGGAUGGAGUUCAUCAAGGACUAUGACUUGAUCAUCGACUAUCAUCCCGGAAAGGCCAAUGUAGUGGCCGACGCACUGAGCAGGAAGAGUACGUCAGGGACGUUACUUACUUGUCUACAAGAAUUGAGGGCACACGUGGAGGUGUCCACGAGCGGGGCGCUCAUUGCUAGGUUUGAGGUUAGGCCUACAUUGCUGGGUGAGAUCAGUAGAUGUCAGGCCAUUGAUGAGGAGUGUCAAAAGAUUCGUGAACGGAUCCUUGAGGGGCCCGUUGAGAAUUUUCGGGUACGUGAUGAUGGUCUUUUAUUAUUUAAAGAUCGUGUGUGCAUACCAAGGAAUGAGGAGCUCCAGAAAUCUAUAUUGGAGGAGGCUCAUUCUUCAGCAUAUGCUAUGCAUCCAGGAGGUACUAAGAUGUACCGAGAUUUGAAGGAAAGUUACUGGUGGUCAGGGAUGAAGAGAGACAUCGCAGAGUAUGUGAGUCGAUGCCUUACUUGCCAGCAAGUUAAGGCAGAGCAUCAGCACCCGGCAAGGCUUUUGCAGCCACUCACCAUCCCAGAGUGGAAAUGGGAACAUGUGACCAUGGACUUCGUGGUGGGGCUGCCACGAACAGUGAACAACUACGAUGCAGUAUGGGUAGUGGUGGAUAGGCUCACCAAGAGUGCACACUUUUUGCCUAUCAACAUUACUUACCCUCUUGAAAGAUUGGCCAAGCUAUACACGGAGGAGAUUGUAAGAUUACAUGGAGUCCCGAUAUCCAUUGUCUCGAAUAGGGAUCCACGAUUCACGUCCCGAUUUUGGCCGAAGUUCCAAGCAUCGUUGGGGACUAAACUGAAGUUUAGCAAAGCUUUUCAUCCACAGACGGAUGGACAGUCCGAGCAGGUGAUUCAGAUUUUGGAAGACAUGCUUAGGGCAUGUGCUCUGGAGUUCCAAGGAAGUUGGGACAAGCAUUUGGCUCUAGUGGAGUUUGCCUAUAACAACAGUUAUCAGGCGAGUAUUGGCAUGCCUCCAUACGAGGCAUUGUAUGGGAGGAAAUGCAGAACACCGUCGUGUUGGGACGAGGUUGGCGAGGCCAAACUCGAAGGGAUAGAACUGGUUGAGAUCACCAAGGCCAAGAUGAGGAUCAUUCAGGAUAGACUAAGGGCUGCUCAGGACCGACAGAAGAGUUAUGCUGACAAACGGCGGAGACCGUUGGAGUUCGAGGUUGGUGAUGAGGUUUUUCUAAGGAUUUCUCCUUGGAAGGGCAUCAUCCGAUUUGUAUCAAGGGGGAAGCUUAACCCCCGAUACAUCGGUCCAUUUGAAAUCCUUGAAAGGAUAGGGGUCGUGGCUUACCGUCUCAAGUUGACACCAGAACUUGAGAAGAUACAUGACGUGUUUCAUGUAUCGAUGCUCAAGAAGUACACACGGGACCCAUCUCAUAUUCUUGAGAAACCGCUGGUAGAGAUCCGUGAGGAUUUGCAAUAUGCGAUAGAGCCGGUGAAGAUAGUAGGUCAACAAGUGAAGAAAUUUAGGAACAAGGAGAUUCAUAUGGUAAAGGUUCUGUGGAGAAGUGAUCAGGUCAAAGAAGAAACGUGGGAGACCGAAGUCUCAAUGAGGGAGCAAUACCCAUUUCUUUUCGAUUAGAUACUUGGAUUUCGGGGACGAAAUCCCAAAUAAGGGGGGUGAACUUGUAACACCGUCCCAAAAUAUAUUUACUUUUAUGUAAAUAAUGUAUUGAACCUUAUUAAAGGAUUAAUGAAUUUACGAAGUUGUAAAUUUUUAUUAUUUCUUUCGCGUGAAUAGUAAAUUGCACAUGGGACCCACACCGGGAGCGGGGGCCGCCUGAUAUUCCCAAGAUCACAUAAAUUAUUCUUAUGGGUCGAAAUAAUAUUUAUAUUGUGGUGGACAUCUUAUUUGGGCCAUGGGAAGGCCUGGGGUUGACCGAUUGGUCAAAAGAAGCCCAAAUACCGGUACCGACAAUUUAACAGAUAACAGUCCGAAAAUGAAUUUCGGAGACUUCUAAAUUAAUGUUUUGGAAUAUAUAUUAUUUCAAAAGGCCAUUACGAUUGGGAACACGUAAUAUAUUUCAUUGGACCCUGUUGAGUUUAAUCCAACACGAUAUAGUAAAUAUAUGUAUAAAUGUGUAUGAACAACUCAGUUUUUACGUGGAAACCCGAAAGGGAGAAAACCACGGGACUUUUUAGGCUAAUGUCCAAGCCCUCUCUUUCUCAUUAGGACUCUCCUCACAAUUACAUUGUACAAGCUCCCAUUAAUGGAGUAUUGAGCUAAGUUUAAGAGAAGAAGGAAGAUGAAUCUAAAGGAGGAUCCCUAAAACAUGGAGGGAAGCCUCCUAUAAAUAGGGGAAGGGGAGAAGGGGCUCUCCACCCUAAUGGGCCAAACGGGCCAGAGUGGGCCCAAAUGGCUAAAGUGGGCAGGAUGGGCCGAAAUGGGCCUAGCUGCUCGGGCCCCGUACUACGUAAAGCCUUGGACUCAUGAACAGUAAUAGGCCGGGAUAAUAUAUCCCAACACAAGUCCCCCAGUUUCUUGAGUAGUGAGCUCGCGAAUCUGCUCGAGAAAAUAUACUCUGCCUGCGCUCUUCCUCUGUCUUGCUGGAAACUGUGUCUUCACAUAAUCAUCAUAUAUGAGUGAGUGUCUGCACUCCUGAACGUAAUCUACCAGUGAGGCACCCCCCUUCCCGACAGGGUCGGGCGAACGGUGCUCCUCCACGGGCACACUCACCCUGAAUGCAUCAGGUGGGAGUAAAGGACUCUGACUCGAGCUUUCCAAUCGGAGAAGCUUAGAGGUCCACGCAUCUAUAAACCGACGUCGCGGUACUGUCAAAACAUGAUGCACGUGUGUUUGUAUGAAUGUAUGAGGUAUGAUGCAUGAAUGCAUGUAAUGUAUGGGUGCAAUGUAUGAGAGAGGGAAUGCAAGAUGUGAUAGGAGCGGUAGCUCUCAACGAUAACCCGGGCAUGUCAGCGCCGAGGGGCAGACGUGCUGCAUAAGAGACGUUCGUCGCCAUCCUGAAAGGGAUGGGCGACCCUAACGUGAGCCAGACACGAUGGCGCUGGGGCGCUAAUCGUGCUGCAUAAGAGACGUUCGUCGCCAUCCUGAAAGGGAUGGGCGACCCUAACGUGAGCCAGACACGAUGGCGCUGGGGUGCUGAUCGUGCUGCAUAAGAGACGUUCGUCGCCAUCCUGAAAGGGAUGGGCGACCCUAACGUGAGCCAGACACGAUGGCGCUGGGGCGCUGAUCGUGCUGCAUAAGAGACGUUCGUCGCCAUCCUGGAAGGGAAUUUGGCGAUCCGAACGUGAAAGAGACACGAUGGCGCUGAGAAGCCGAUCGUGCUGCAUAAGAGACGUUCGUCGCCAUCCUGAAAGGGAUGGGCGACCCUAACGUGAGCCAGACACGAUGGCGCUGGGGCGCUGAUCGUGCUGCAUAAGAGACGUUCGUCGCCAUCCUGAAAGGGACGGGCGACCCUAACGUGAGCCAGACACGAUGGCGCUGGGGCGCUGAUCGUGCUGCAUAAGAGACGUUCGUCGCCAUCCUGAAAGGGAUGGGCGACCCUAACGUGAGCCAGACACGAUGGCGCUGGGGCACUGAUCGUGCUGCAAGAGAGACGUUCGUCGCCAUCCUGAAAGGGACGGGCGACCCUAACGUGAGCCAGACACGAUGGCGCUGAGGCGCUGAUCGUGCUGCAUAAGAGACGUUCGUCGCCAUCCUGAAAGGGAUGGGCGACCCUAACGUGAGCCAGACACGAUGGCGCUGGGGCGCUGAUCGUGCUGCAUAAGAGACGUUCGUCGCCAUCCUGAAAGGGAUGGGCGACCCUAACGUGAGCCAGACACGAUGGCGCUGGGGCGCUGAUCGUGCUGCAUAAGACGGUCGUCGCCAUCCUGGAGGGAAUGGGCGAGCUGAACCGUGAAGCCAAGUACGAUGGCGCCGAGGGGCCGAUCGCACUGCACAAGACGUUCGUCGCCAUCCUGGAGGGAAUGGGCGAGCCGAACCGUGAAGCCAAAUACGAUGGCGCCGAGGGGCCGAUCGCACUGCAUAAGACGUUCGUCGCCAUCCUGGAAGGGAAUGGGGCGAUCCGAACGUGAAAGAGAUACGACGGCGCUGAGAAGCCGAUCGUGCUGCAUAAGACGUUCGUCGCCAUCCUGGAGGGAAUGGGCGAGCCGAACCGUGAAGCCAAAUACGAUGGCGCCGAGGGGCCGAUCGCACUGCAUAAGACGUUCGUCGCCAUCCUGGAGGGAAUGGGCGAGCCGAACCGUGAAGCCAAGUACGAUGGCGCUGAGGGGCCGAUAGUGAUACAGAAAAAUAGUGAUGAUCAUCUCAUGGCCCUCGGCCUGUCGGUGAGUGGUAAUCGUCUCACGGCCCUCGGCCGUGCUGGUGAUGUGUCAAGUCUCUCUCCUGAUUGGCUGUGAGAAGCCGAUCGUCUGCCAGGACUCCAUCCGGGAAGGAAUGGUGAGCCUGAAAUAAAUCUGGGCGGUGUCUUUUCUACCUGAUCUGGGGAGCUAAUCGUCGUUCGAGGCAAAAGAAAACCUGAUGUUAGCCGAUCGUCGUCGGCCACUUCAUUCUUCGUACUUAAGUCUUGUAAUUAUUCUUUACAUAUGUUUUUCAGUUUGUACUUCACAGCCAAUAGUGCCAAGGGAUAAAAUCAUUCUUUGCUCCGUGCUCUUCUGGCAUCUUUUUUUUUUUUUUUUUUUUUUGGAGUCUUUUAGUCUUCGUUCGUCAUUGGUCCUUGGUCCUACCGGCGUUCUUACAUCGAAGAUACGUUCGGUAUCCGCGGACAUCGCAAUGAGGAACAGGUAUAUCUACAUCGAGAUUCCCCCUUUUUCGUUCGUCCCUGGUCCUUUUAGUCUUACCGGCGUCUCUUGCAUCGAAGAAGACGUUCGGUACCCAAGGAACUCGCAGGGACGAACUGGUUUACCCUCACGGGUUCCCGUCUUUGUUAUCCCACGUCCAUCGAUCCAUGGUCAUUGUGGGAUGAACAGGUUUAUCUUGGCAAGGCUCCCUUGGUUCGUCUAGCCCCCUCCGCGUCUCUACUAACCUCUACAUCGAGAGGCGUUCGUCUUCGGCGGUGGGAGAAGAUCUGGCACACCCGGGCAAUAUUCCCUUCCACAUAGGAGCUACCCUCCUCUUCUCCCCAUCUUUUUUUUUUGUUUGUUUGAGGGAGGCAAUCUAUAUUCUUCGUUCGUCCUUGGUUCUUGGUCCUACCGGCGCUCUUGCUUCGAAGAGACGUUCGGUAUCCGCGAAACUCGCAAGGAGGAACAGGUUUAUCUACAUCGAGAUUCCCUAGCUCUUCUUAGUCCGUCCCUGGUCUGUGGUCCUACCGAUCUUCCUACAUCGAAGAAGACAUGCGGUAUCCAAGAAACUCGCAGGGAUCACGGGAUGUCACACAUAAUGGUGGUGGCAUAGCGAACGAAUAUAAUGACAAGGCGAUGGAGACGUUGGUCGUCAUGCGAAGGCGAUGGUCACCCUCCUAAGGGGAGGGGUGAGCCCGAUCGCUAACUCAAGAAGGUCGGCAUUGGGAGCCGAUAUACAAUGAUCAUAAUGUCGCUGAGCAGUCGGUCCUGAUAAUGGAGACGGCGAUAGUGUCUAGGUCAGGCCGAUAUAUCCGAGCAACGGCUCUCAUCCACGCAGUGCGGGGAUGAAACCGGUCUUCAAAAGAUAAAUAUGUCGUGCCAAGAGGCCGAACAUAACAUGAUAGUGUCGGCAGUGAGAGGCCGACCUGAAAGAAUCAAACAACGGUCCUCAUCCGCGAGGUGGCGGGGACGGGGCCGGUCUUCAAAAGAUAAGCACGCCGAGCCGAGAGGCCGGUCGUGGUAUAAUGGUGUCGGCAAUGAGCGGCCGAUCUGAGAAAAUCAAGCAACGGUCCUCGUCCGCGAGGGCGGGGACGAGGCCGGUCUUCAAAAGAUAAGCACGCCGAGCCGAGAGGCCGGUCGUGGUAUAAUGGUGUCGGCAAUGAGCGGCCGAUCUGAGAAAAUCAAGCAAUGGUCCUCGUCCGCGAGGGCGGGGACGAGGCCGGUCUUCAAAUAAGAUAAUCAUGCCGUGCCGAGAGGCCGGUCAUGAUGUAAUGAUGUCGGCAAUGAGAGGCCGAUCUGAAAUCAAGCAACGGUCCUCGACCGCGCAGUGCGGGGACGAGGCCGGUCUUCAAAUAUGAUGAUCAUGUCGGUCCGAGAGGCCGGUCGUGAUAUAAUAAUGUCGGCGAUGAGAGGCCGACCUGAAAGAAAUCCAGCAACGGUCUUCGUCCGCGCAGCGCGGGGACGAGGCCGGUCUUCUAAAGAUAAGCACGCCGAUCCGAGAGGCCGGUCGUGAUAUAGUGAUGUCGGCAAUGACAGGCCGACCUGAAAUCCAGCAACGGUCCUCAUCCGCGCAUCGCGGGGACGAGGCCGGUCUUCAAAGGAUAAACACGCCGUACCGUGAGGUCGGCGUGAUGUAAGGAUGGUCCCACGACCCUCGGCCGUAGUGGUCUCCUGUAGGCCACCGGCUCUGAAUGAUGGAUGAUCGUCUCACGGUCCUCCGUCGUGGUAGUCCACUCUAGACCCUCGGCCUCUAGGUGUUCUCUCCUAGGCCAUCGGUCUCUGGGGUGGAGAUGCUCGUCUCACGGUCCUCAGCCGCGAUGGUCUCCUCUUUAGCUGGCCCUGAACGUCCCCAAGACUUGGGCCGAGCGUCUUUUAAUCAUUUUGCUCGAGCGCGUCGAGCGGCUUCAUCUGCGCAAUAAGCAUGGUAACGGGCCGCACGGCCCGACAAUAAAUAUGCACACACAACCGUCUGCAUGGCGGAGUCUUUAUCAUCCACGAUUACCGGCCUAUGGGUCAUCGCGACCCUCGGCCCGGCUCAUCGUGCAGGGUUAAUGGACGUAGCAGCUCGCGGCGGGGCCAAUCAGCAGCCCGCCGAACGUCACAUAAAUAUAAUCAUUGGUCUAUGAGUUUUCAAACUCAGACCCAAGUUGGUCGCACUGCCCUCGGAAAAACGAGGUUGAGUGCUUUGGUGCCCUCGGGCGCCAUAGGCCACGUUCGGCAAUAGUCACUUCGCGCCUAAUGGCGUAGAUUACAUUGGGGUAUGAUCGUCGCUCGGGCACUUGAUGCCGUGCAGACUAAUGCGUAACCCCCAAAUUAAAAUGCGUCGUCGGGGCAUCGCCUUUCUGGAGACGCUCGGAUCACUUAAUCAAACUGAUCGAGAGUGGGCCAACAGGCCCACGAGAAAUUAAAUAUUUAAUAAAAUGUUGGCUGAACCAACCAGAGCUUCGCUCCACAUUAUUUAAUUCGGGACAUUUUAUCCCUAAUGAAUAAUAGUGAUGUAACAGGCAAUAACAAUGAUAUUUCCCUAUCAAAGGCCAUUCAAGUAUACUCCGCUCGCUAAUUAAAGCCGAUCAGGAGCGGGCCGACGGGCCCAUAACAACCAAUCAUUAAUUAAAAUGACGGUGAAAAGUAAUUAUUACCACAAGAGCGUUUACUCACUUGAGCCAUGCUCGACAUUAUUUAAGUUCGGGAUACUUCUAUCCCUAUUAAAUAAUGUGAUAAUAAUUAAUAGCAAUAACAUUAUUGAAACUUAAUUAACAUGUGAAUGAGGGAGCAUAUGUGAUACUUAGCUCUUGGAGAUAAGUUUCGGUUAGAUGAAAAGGUCUGACUUGAUCAAAUUGAGCUUCCAACAUAUUGUGACUUGGUCAAAACUCCCCAAAGAAGGUGGCCCCCCAUUGCUUGGCUCCAAACACGCAGACGUGGUCUUCUGAGGGCCAUAUUCAUUAUAUACAGUGUAUCUCUAAGAAGGCAGGUGGAGCUCCCUCUAUCAACUCGGACGUAGCUCAUACGCCGGCCACCUUCUGCCGGCGGUAUGGUGGUUGCAGCAGAGCACGGGCGGUCAGAGGGGAUCGUGGUCGCAGCAGAGCAAUAGUAUACGGAGUACGGUGGUUGGAACUCCGAAAUACACACCUUUAUGAGCUCCAAACCGCCAUUAAUGGCGGAAACCCAUCUGUCCCGAGGUUGAGGUGGAUUCGUCCACUGCCACGACGCCCACCGGUACUUCGGCUUGAUGAAGGAGCUGCGGCUGGGGUGAUGAAACUCGAGGCAGACCGGAGUUCGCACUCCACCCCUGGCUCGGAGCCGCAUCGCCGCCGGCUGAGUCGGCCAUGGUUACUCCUUCCGACUAUAUCUGGAUCUGAACGUUUACAACAUCUUUUUUCUCUUCUUUUUCACUUCGUACCUUCUUCUUCCUUUUCCUUUCCAGAACACUUCUUCUUUGCUUUUCUUCUUCAUCGGUCUGUUGGACGGAGCUGCUGGCGGCGGAUCCAGAGCUUCCCCAGACCAAACUUCCAGAUUUUUUCUUUUUCAUUUUGCUAGAAUCAGUCCACUUCGUAUGAAUUUUUGCAGAAACUCAAGAACAGUAGAACACACGAAUCUUUUUGGACGGAUUCCCACAGACGGCGCCAGUGUUGAGUUUAAUCCAACACGAUAUAGUAAAUAUAUGUAUAAAUGUGUAUGAACAACUCAGUUUUUACGUGGAAACCCGAAAGGGAGAAAACCACGGGACUUUUUAGGCUAAUGUCCAAGCCCUCUCUUUCUCAUUAGGACUCUCCUCACAAUUACAUUGUACAAGCUCCCAUUAAUGGAGUAUUGAGCUAAGUUUAAGAGAAGGAGGAAGAUG